AGCAAUGUUUGUCUCAUGUGUAAAGGCACGCAACGCAACGCAAACACUUUCGUUACAUUGAUUUGUUCGUUCACUUCCAACUGCAAUCUGCAAUUCCAAAGACUUUCAAACACAACAGAAUCAAUUUAUUUUUUAUUUUUUUUAUUUUUAUUUUAAUUUGAUUAAUUUCUCAGCUCAAUGAUUGCGUUGGAAUCAUUUUGAUAAAAAAAGAAAAAAAAGAGUGAAAGGUGAAUUUGAAAACAGAAUGAGUAGUAGUAAUGGAGAUGGAACAACUGCUACUUCAUCAUCAUCAUCAUCAUCAUCAAUGGAAGGAUGGUUAUACCUUAUACGCUGUAACCGUUUUGGACUUCAGUUUUCGCGUAAGCGUUACUUCGUUCUCGAUCAUCACCUUCUUCGUAGCUUCAAAUCCGUUCCCAAUUCCGACGAUCAGGAUCCUGUUAGAAGUGCUAUUGUGGAUUCGUGUAUUCGUGUAAUGGAUAAUGGAAGGGAGAGUAUUAACAGAAAAGUGUUUUUCAUUUUCACACUAUAUAACACUUCGAAUCAUAAUGAUCGAUUAAAGUUAGGAGCGAGCCGUCCUGAAGAAGCAGCGAGAUGGAUUCAAUGCUUUCAUGAAGCGUCUUUGAAGGGUGCCCCAGAAGAUAUAGGAUGUUCCAAGAGGAAAUGGCAGUCUUAUAGCUUAAGUGGAUCUUCCAGUAGAAAUCACCAAAAUUCUAUAGACUGGACACUUUCUUCUUCUGAUGUUAUUGCCCCAUCACCUUGGACAAUCUUUGGCUGCCAAAACGGUUUACGACUAUUCAAGGAAGCAAAAGAUAGGGAUUCUGGUGGGAAGAAACGAGAUGAUCAUCCCGCAAUAAUGGCUGUUGGUGUGGUAGAUGGAACUUCAGAAGCCAUUUUCCAGACUCUUAUGGCACUUGGUCCUUCAAGAUCCGAAUGGGAUUUCUGUUUUUCCAAGGGGAGUGUAGUUGAGCACCUAGAUGGUCACACCGACAUUAUUCACAAGCAGCUAUAUAGUGAUUGGUUGCCUUGGGGAAUGAAACGAAGAGAUCUGUUGCUGCGGCGUUAUUGGAGGAGAGAAGAUGAUGGAACCUAUGUUAUUCUUUACCAUUCCGUGUUUCACAAAAAGUGUCCUCGCCAGAAAGGCUAUGUCCGUGCCUGCCUUAAAAGUGGAGAGUACGUUAUAUCACCGGCGAACAUGGGAAAGCAAUCUGUUGUAAAGCACAUGCUUGCUAUUGAUUGGAAAUGCUGGAGAUCUUAUCUUAAGUCCUCAUCGGCAUAUUCUAUAACCAUUCAAAUGCUUGGGAGAGUUGCUGCAUUACGAGAGUUAUUUAGAGCUAGACUAGGGAAUUGCACUUUGUCUGAUUAUUCAUCUGGAGAGUUGACAAGAAACAGAAGGAAUAGUCUGAUGGAAGAACAUGCCAAUUCCGAUACCCAAAUACAGGCAGAUGAGAGCAAUCCAGAUAACCCAACUGUAGAAGUAGAUCCAACGCAAUCGGAGCAUGCAGGCCUUGUUAGUCUAAAUGAUGCCGAUGAUGAGUUUUAUGAUGUUAUGGAACCAUCAAACUGUGAUGAGUCGGAAAAUGGAUGGAUGACAGAAUGUAGUCACCAGAAGUCUCAGGACGUUCGCCACCAAAAGUUAUCAUCUGCUGCUAAUUUUGUGAGAAAAUUGCACGAUCUUGCAGUUCAUAAAAGAGGUUAUGUGGAUUUGCAAGAGAUGGUUGGAGAAGAGAUCACUACAUGCCCGUAUGGAUCAACUCUUCCAAAAGAUCCUACUUGUACACUACCUUGCAGUUUGACAGAAGCAGAUCCUUCUACUUUCCUGAUUCGCGGAGAAAAUUAUCUUGAAGACCGUCUCAAGGUUAAAGCAAAGGGGACCUUGAUGCAAAUGGUUGCUGCAGAUUGGUUGAGAUCUGAAAAAAGGGAAGAUGAUCUUGGUGGCCGUCCUGGAAGCAUUGUGCAGAAAUAUGCAGCACAGGGUGGGCCUGAGUUCUUCUUCAUUAUAAACAUCCAGGUUCCAGGUUCUACAACAUACAGCCUGGCACUAUACUAUAUGAUGAAUACCCCUGUGGAAGAUGCUCCAUUGCUCGAGAGUUUUAUCAAGGGUGAUAAUACCUUCAGAAAUUCGAGAUUUAAACUCAUACCAUACAUAUCUAAGGGUUCAUGGAUUGUAAAACAGAGUGUGGGAAAGAAGGCGUGCUUAGUUGGACAAGCUUUGGAAAUCAACUAUUUUCAGGGAAAGAACUAUUUGGAACUGGGAAUUGAUAUUGGAUCAUCAACCGUUGCAAGAGGUGUUGUGAAUCUUGUCCUCGGGUACCUCAACCAUCUGGUUAUUGAGAUGGCAUUUCUAAUCCAGGGAAACACACGUGAAGAGCUCCCGGAGUUUCUUCUUGGAACCUGCCGCCUUAACCAUCUGGAUGCCUCCAAAUCAGUUUGUCUAAAGCCUUGAUUUUCAUCUGGACUUGUUACAAGUACGUUUCGGAAAAGGGAAAUUCAAGUUGCAAAUGUAGAUAAUUGAAAUUGAAAUUCUAGAUUCCUGUCUCCAUAUACCAGCUUUCAGAAAUCAUUAUUUGUUCAAUCGAUUAUUUUAUGGUGCUGUUAGCAAUGUUAGGAUGGAUGGGUUCCGGUAGGAGUAGAAUGAAUCUUUUGUAAAAGAAGUUGCAUUUGUUCAUUAAAAAUUGAUUGAUUUUUUUUCA